GUUGCCUUGAGGGACCGUGGCUGCAGUGGUGGCUUCUGCAUCGACUAGCUGCGAAGACGCUUGGCUGGCGUGGGCGUGAGGGAGUGGAGGAGUGAAGGGAGAAGACGACGGGGGGGCGCGCACGCCAGGGACAAGGGGAGGGGCUGCAGCGAGCCAGCUAGUAGAGGACAACCCUCUGAGAGCAUACUACGUCCAGUAGCCAUGGCGAUGUGACCGAACUGCGGGAGAGAUGAGGCAGGCAACGAGAUUGAGUGUGAGUGUCGGAGCCAGAUCCUACGAAUCGAAGGGUUCUUGGCCGGACUUCGGUCUCCAACCCGACGCCCGGACAAUGGCAGCACAUGUUCAUGUUGUCGCAUACAGCAUACAGCAUACAGCAUACAUCAUCAUACAUGUCGCUCGUUCUCAUGCGGAAUCCCAUGGCAUCCCGUCUUCGGAUGUCCCGCCAGACGAGCGAGCAACUCAGAACCAGGCAGCAAGGCCCAAUUGCUGAUACAUCCAGCCCGCAUCGUAUCGACCUACCUCUCUGGUGGCUCUGGUGGUAUUCUCUAGAUCCAGGCACACCCCUGGAACCCUCCGCUCGCCAUGGUCAACAUGGCCGCGCGAUGAUGCUCCGUCUGUCGUGCGCGCCGAUGCCUUCGCCGCCCGCUGUGCAGUCCGCUACUUGUCACUUGCGGUGCUGAUAACGAUCGCGCGGUCAGCGACAUGCAGCCGACGAAUCCGGAGUCGAUGGAUGGACCAGCCGCCCGCGCGUGGCAACUGGGUCUGAGCAUCGUGCGGCCGGCAUCGUGCGGCACCGCACGCAAUAGCUCAUGGUCUCGGGCUAAUAGAGUUGUAGUGUCCGGACAAUCUGUGGACAAUCUGUGGACAAUC